AUGCAGUCCAUGUUCCGCCUCCCAUGGAGUACGGAGUCGCCUGGCGACAAAAUCAUGGAAAAGUCUACGCUGCACAAGUCAAGGCCAAUGCCGGUCGUUGAAAUGCCCAAUUUCAUGAACAAAAUCAAGCGAAAGAGGACCGACAGUCCCGAGCCGGCAUCUGCGCAGCAUGUGCAUGUAGUGAAGAAGUGGAAAGGCACUCACGGAGAAGCAAAACCAAACUGGAUGACAAGCUCCAACUCCAACUCCAACUUUGCACAUGGUGUCGUGUCCGAGUCCGCAAAACCCACAGAUGCGCCCAAGGCAGCAUCUCCCGAACUCUUGGAGUCGCGACCGAAGGCGCAACCGUCUAGAAAAGAGAGCGCGAUCAAGAGCAAGGUGUCGAACAUUCAAACAGCAACUGCCAAACCCGCGUCUGUCAACACGCCCUCGACUGCCAUGGAAUCUGGCUUGACUGCUGUGCAACAAGCAAUCGAGGCGCAAAUCAACUACGAGAUCUUACUAAAGCACAACGAACUUCGUUUAAUCGAGCAGGAGCUAGCCAAAUGCCAAGUUUCCCUAGAGCAGCUGAGGCGGUGUUCGAUGAUUCCUUUCCCCGGCACCGAGGGCCUAUCUGAGGAUCUCAGCCUGGGUGUUGGAGCUGCGUUGCGCACGCCAUCUGGUUAUACGGAACCCCAAUAUGCCGCACCUUGGGGCGUCACAGAUGGGCCAUACACUCGUCACUACGCCAAAUGGUUGAUUUCGGAUGUCAAGUUCGAUCCCGUUUCGGAACGUGCGCUCGCUCAGCAAGCUCAGGGCUACUUUGGCAUCGGUGAGGGCAGAACGACGCGCGGCAGCUUUGCUGACUUCGGGUCAACAAACAGAGGCCGCACGUCGCGAACUUCGACUGGAAUGUUGAAGCUCACGCCUCUUGGUGAAAAUCCAGCACCUGCGCCAAAGAUCGAUCCUCUGCUGCACAAGCGAUCCACAGAUGGGCAAUGGGUACGACUGUAUUGCGCUCAGUGUGGCCACAGCAAUUUCUCAAACACGCAGGGUUUCUUGAAUCACUGCCGGAUCAAGCACAAUCAAGUGUUCAAGAGCCACGACCAGGCAGCCAUCGCUUGCGGUGUCCCCGUCGAUAUCAACGAGGCUGGCAAUCCUGUCACUGCAAGUGAACCGGUCAGCACUCCUGCCACGACACCCGCAGUCGCGUUUCCUACUCCCAUCACUCCCGGCAUGGUCCACCCAUUGGCAGCACAACCCUGUCCACCAUCACAAGCCAAGGCGGUGUAUCGUGAUCCUACCUUGUCGUUAUGUGAUGAAUCAGGACUUGUCUCUCCCGCUAGCUUUGCAAAGUCAUCGUCUACUCCGUACCUGAUGGCCCGGCUUCAAAAUCAAGGUUUCCAAGGCGACUUGAAAGGGCUUGUGGAGACUGCGCGAUCAAAGGUUGAUCUUGACGUGAUGGAGCCUUCAGAUGACGACUUCGCGGACACUAGUGCAGCUCCGACGCCGAUCUCGACCAAACCGCCGCAGCUAGCGCGUCUUCCCGCCAGCGCUCCUCAUGCCGUAUCAGCAAGCAAAUCUACAUCUGCACGACCAAGCAGUAAGAAGGGUAACGCUCCAAGCCACGCGCGCCUUCCGCUAUCGUUCCCUUCGCCUGUCAAGUCUGAGAGUGAUCAUCAUAUGCCGAAUUCUCCAGUAGGCCUCAGCCCUACUACCUUUGAGUCCAACCCGGGCCUGGUGAGCGAUCACGAUGAUGACGAUGACGAAGAUGCGGACGAUGCCCACAGCCAACCCGACCUUAUCAUGGACGAUGAUGAUGUUGUAGUCGAGGAUGCGAGCGAUGUGGAAGGUCUUCAAGAGCGCACCGGCUCUCGACAGGGUCUCAAUGGUUGCUUCGAGAAAGGCGAAGGUAGUCGUAAGCACUAG